AUGGAGGAAGAGUUGCGUUUUGAAGAUGACCAGCGAGACCAGCCGGGACCAAACCCGGGUCCCUACGACCUGCUUGAUCAGCGGGCUGCCGAUAUUCUCAACUUCCCGAACAUGCUCAACUUUGGCCCUUGUCGACGCACUCUCGGUUGGCCGUUUCAGCGGUCGGUGCGGUUGAUGUUGCUGCCGCCGUUGCCCUAUCCCAUCGCGGGCUUCACCUACUGCUCCACGCCACUCACCCCGACGACCAGCCCUGCGGACGGCGCGGACGUUGCUGCUGGCCAAGCGCCCCUGCCGCCCGGCCACAGCUUCCUCCUCUCAGGCGAGGUGUCCAGCGAAGGCACGGCAGAGGCGAUGUACAUCCACAAGAUAGGAAAGCGGUGGAGCUUCAAGAACCUGAUCGUCAGCUCCCUCACACCGUCUGUGCCUAUCUUCCUCAGUUCAAUGAAGUACAGCGGAUCGGCAACGACUUCGCGCUUCACCUACACCACUGACAAGCACAUCUUCCUCCUCAACAACCUCUCCGCGAUCACCACCAACUGGGCGCUCGGCGCCGAGCUCCUCUACUCGGUGGCCGAAGCCAAGCCCAGCUUGUCCGUGGGCCUGCGCUACUUGAAGCGGGAGGGCUCGACCAGCGACGCCACCACCGAGUUCACUAUCGCCGCCGCUCGCAAGAAGACCAAGAGAUGCUCCGUCAAGCGAUGCCGCAAGACCGAGCUGCUGCCCAUCCAGUGCGCCAAGUGCUCCCACCAGUACUGCCUCGGCCACCGCCUGCCCAGCGACCACAACUGCGACGUCGUACGCCGCGAGACCAUGACGGCAGCCCACAUGCUCCGGCGUAGCACCAACAACGCUCGCGGCGCCUCCUCUUCUGGCGGUCUCCUGAGCUUCCUCACCGGCAAGGCCUGA